AGCUUAAAAGCUAGUGCCGAGCUUACAAAAAAAACACUUGGCAGAAUUUCAGAUAAUAAACAAAAUCAAAAAUAGUGAAGUUUUCAAACAAAAACCAUGGAAUACGAGAGCGUGCUGAUUGUCAAACCAGAGGUUUUCAUAUAUAAAAUACCACCGCGGGCGAGCAAUCGAGGCUAUAGGGCCGCCGACUGGAACCUAAAGGAACCCACCUGGACGGGUAGGAUGCGUCUUGUGGCUAAGGGCACGGCCUGCAUCUUGAAGCUGGAGGAUAAGACCAGCGGCGCCCUCUUCGCCAAUUGCCCCAUCGAUACAUAUCCCGGCGUGGCCAUCGAGGCAGUCUCCGACAGUUCCCGUUAUUUUGUCAUACGCGUCCAAGACGACAAUGGAAGGUCCGCCUUCUUGGGCCUGGGCUUUGGCGAUCGUUCGGACUCGUUUGAUCUGAAUGUGGCGCUGCAGGAUCACUUUAAGUGGGUGAAGAACCAAGAGCAAAUUGAAAAAGAGAAAACCGAGCCCAAGCAGGAGCUGGAUUUGGGCUUCAAGGAGGGCGAAACCAUCAAGAUUAAUAUGAGAAUAACGAAAAAAGACGGCUCCGACGGCCCGUCCCGAACUGGCAAGAAUAAGGGCAACAGCGGUGUGCUGCCACCGCCACCUGGUGGUCUGGGCAAGAUAGCGCCACCACCAGCAGCCGCGGCUUCGCCUGGGGCGACGGUUCGGACAAGUCCUGGCGUCUCGCCAGCCCACAGACCAUCUGGCGGAGGGUCCGAGUGGACCGAUUAUGCAUCAGCUGGGGGCAAUCAAGGACAACAGAACUCGGCAAAUGCCAACUGGGUGCAGUUUUAGGCUGCUGAUCUGCUCCUGCUGCUGCUGCUGUUGCGACCGACCUCCCUUCUUCUGUCAUAGGAUCUUCUACAGCGCUUUAUAUUAUCACCUACCAUCAUUUGUUGGGACAUUCACUAUUUGAAUUAAUUUUUUCGUUUUGGCAAGAGGAACGACGACGACGACGACGACCAAGAAGAGAAAUUUGAACCGAGAGGCAUUCAGCGCAAGAGAUAAACGUUAAAGUUAGCCUUUUUUUUAUAUAUAUAUAUACAUUAAUUAAUGGAAAUUGUGUGUAUUAGUUUCCCCUCUUGUCACUGCCCCACAGGGGCACGCUCUACUACACAUCUCCCUCUGAAUGGUGUAGCUAGAACAGUGAGGGGAUUUUGGUAGCAAACUAUUUAGCCUGGUUGUUAAUUGUGUAAAGGAAUUGUUUUGAAGGCGAACGGACACGCAUGAGAUAAAUCAUAAUAUUUGUAAUGGAAGUUAAUAUUCGGCAAGUGUAAUUUGUUAAACACACAACAUGCAACGUGCAACAUGCAACAUAUGCUAGCUGCAAACAAAACUAAAGUGAAAGUGAUUCAAAUUGUUUGGAGUACUUACGCCAGUCACACGAGUGCAUGCAAAGGACAUUCCGCAGAUGAGAAGAAAGCAAACUAAACUAAAUACAA